AAAACGAACUUUCCUGUCAUGCAAUUCCGUUCCUCCUCCCUCGAUCAUCUCUCUUUCUCUUUUUUCUCUUUUUCUGUUCUGAAAAAAAAAAAAAAGAGAAUAAACUAAAAUCUUCUCUCUUACGCUUUCCCUUUCCAGUUCAAACACCACUCACUCUGUUUCAGUUUCAGUUUCUCCCCAAACAUAAUUACACAAAUAAAGCUAUUAUUUAUUACUCGAAACAGAAAUUAAAAUUAAAAUCACAAAAAAAAAGAAGGAAAAAGAAGCCCCGAAAAAGAAAAAGCUUAAGAAGUGAAAGAAGCUUUCAAAUGCUUUGAUUGAUUCAAAGGUGCAUUUCAUUCAACAAUGGAAUUCACUCUUCCUAUUUCCUUCUCUUUCACUCUUUCCUUUUCUUUCUCUAUAAUCAAAAGUGUUGUUGUGGUGGAGAGGUUUUUGAGAGAAGAGAGGAAGAAUGGGGAGUAGGGUUAGGCAACCGAGGAAGAGAUUGCAGAAGAUAAUGAGCUGUCUUUGUUCGGGGGAGAUUGUAAAAGAACAAGAAGAAGAUACAAUGGUUCCUAGUUCGUCUGAAUCACUUGCAACCAAGGAGUUUUUUUCUGCAACGGCAAGUGGAUUUUCUGGCCAAGAUGGACAAGUUGAGAGGAGGUUGGAUUCUGGUAAUAUAGAACAAGCUGAAUUGUCGUUGCGUGAGAGUGGCAUCUUAAAUUAUGAGGAAGCUAGAGCUCUGUUAGGGAGAUAUGAAUUUCAGGAAGGAAAUAUAGAAGCCGCUUUGCAUGUUUUUGAAGGCAUAAAUAUAGCUGCUGUGACUCCCAAGAUAAAGGAUUUUCUUGCCAAAAGCAGAGAACGCCCCAGGAGACGCUCUCGGAGUUACACUACUCCACCAAUGUCUAUACAUACAGCUGGAUUACUAUUAGAAGCAAUCUUGCUAAAGGCAAAAUGUUUGCAGGUUCUUGGAAGGUUUGAAGAAUCUGCCCAAACAUGUAAAGUUAUUCUGGACAUGAUUGAGUCUUCUUUACCUGAAGGCUUGCCUCAAAACUUUGGUGCCGAAUGUAAAUUGCAGGAGACUUUAAGCAAGGCGGUUGAGCUACUUCCAGAAUUAUGGAUACUUGCUGAUUGUCCACGUGAAGUUAUUUUGUCUUACAGGCGUGCACUCCUUCACCAAUGGAAUCUUGACGCAGAGACCACAGCAAAAAUUCAGAAAGAAUUUGCCAUUUUUCUUCUAUAUAGUGGAGCAGAAGAAAUUCCCCCAGAUUUUCGUUCCCAUAUGGACAGUUCAUUUGUACCAAGAAAUAACAUUGAAGAGGCUAUUCUUCUUUUAAUGAUUUUGCAAAGAAAAGUCUCUCUAAAUAAAAUUGAGAGGGAUCCUUCAAUUUUGGAGCACCUUUCGUUUGCUCUAUCAGUUUCUGGGGAUUUGACAGCUUUAGCCAACCAAUGGGAAGAAUUACCCCCUGGUACUAUCAAUCGAAGAGAAAGGUACCAUGCACUUGCUCUUUGUUAUUAUGGAGCAGAUAAGGACUUGGUGGCACAUAAUCUUCUUAAAAAGGUGUUGAGUAGCAGUGAGGAUCCAAAACAUGUUCCUGCUUUGUUAAUGGCUUCUAAGAUAUGCUGUGAGAACCCUGAACUUGCAAAAGAUGGGGUUAGCUACGCUUGCAGAGUGCGUGAGAACUUGGAUGGAAAAUGUAAUCAGUUGGAAAGUCUCGCCAAUUGCUUACUCGGCAUUUCGCUUUCAACAUACUCAAAAUUUGCUGUUUCUAAUUCGGAGACAUUCGAUAGACAAUCCGAGGCACUUCAUUCACUAGAAACUGCAAGCACUAUGACCGGAACAAAUGACCCUCUUGUACUUUACUAUUUAAGUUUAGAAUGUGCAGAACAAAGGAAGUUGGAUUCUGCACUUCACUAUGCAGAACGCUUUCUAAGCUUAGAAGCUGGGUCUAAUAUUAAAGGCUGGUUAUUGUUAGCCCGGAUAUUAUCAGCACAAAAACAGUUUUUAGAUGCUGAAUCUAUUGUUGAUUCUGCUUUGGAUGGGACUGGAAUAUGGGAUCAAGGAGUUUUGUUGCGAACAAAAGCUAAACUUCAAAUUGCACAGGGGAAGGUGCCAAGUGCCAUUGAGACAUAUAUUCGGCUUCUUGCUAUUUUUCUGGUUCAGAGAAAAACUUUUGGUUCAAGAACGAAGCUAUAUAAGGAUGGCAGAGAUCAUGCUAGGAACUUGGAAGUGGAAAUAUGGCAUGAUCUUGCUUAUGUUUACAUAAGUCUGUCACGGUGGCAUGAUGCAGAGGUGUGUCUUUCGAAAUCUAAGGCCAUCAAACUAUACUCUGCUUCUAGAUGCCAUGUAAUAGGUACUAUGCUCGAAGCAAAGGGUCUUUACAAAGAGGCUCUAAAAUCUUUUCGUGACGCUUUGAACCUUGAUCCUACACAUGUCCCUAGCUUGAUAUCAACUGCUGCCGUUCUUAGACAGUACGAUACUCCAUCAAAUCCUGCCGCUCGAAGCUUUCUAAUGGAUGCACUAAGGCUUGACAAAACUAAUGCUUCUGCUUGGCAUCAUCUUGGCAUUCUUCACAAGGCUGAAGGUAGAGUGUUUGAAGCUGCAGAAUGUUUUCAGGCAGCAAACUCUCUUGAAGAAACAGAACCAGUGGAGCCUUUCAGAUGACUGAUUCAACAUCCACAAGCAUUUAUUUAUGUAAUGCCAUCUCACGCUUGAUUAUACACAACUCUUGUGCUCUUGACAUCGAUAUACACAACUCUUGUGCUCUUGACAUCGAUAUACACAACUCUUGUGCUCUUGACGUCGAUAUAGGUCAACAAGAUAGGAAUGAUUUACAAUUUAGUUAGCUUUCCAUGCUAGUGAGCUGUUGUCCUUCCCUUUUGGAUUGUUGCUCAAGGUUGAUACGACUUACCUUUAGAUUAUUCAUUCAUGUAUAAUUUUCCCUGUAUUGAGAUAAAUUUCAUUAAAUACAAUGGAAAAUGUAUCCAAAACAAAUAAAAAGUCGAAGAACUGGAGGUUAUCUAUCGACAAUUAGGAUGUGAUUCUUGAUUGA